AUGAAAAUUGCGCGCCUCCCGGUUGCAGGAACUGUCCUGGUAUCUGCCACGGCAGCGAGCCCGCUUGGCCUAUUGACUCGCUAUGCAAAUAUUUUGAAUUACUCGACUUUAUCAUGUGUUGAGAAUAUAGAAUACAAUCCACUUCGCGACGCAAAUUGCGCACUAGACUGGUGCACAGACAUGACGUUUCUGAACAGACUAAAUCAAUGUACCAUGAAUUCAUGCUCUACAGCAACUGAAGAAUUCCUCACAACAUUCGAGCAAUGGUGUACCACCGCAUCGAUUGUUCUACCGCCGAAUCAAUUUCACUGCAAGAAAUUAUCACAACCCUAUACAUCAACGCCGAAUGCUGUCGAUGAUACCAAUUUAAACACGAGGAACCCGCCCAAUUGGUUUAAUAAACGAUAUAUCAGCAACAAUGAUAACUCUUAUUCGAUUGCUCCAGGUGCCGUCAUAGCUAUUGUGGUCGGUUCAAUUGCAGGGAUUAUUGCCUUAUUAUGUGCUAUCUGCAGCUGCAAUCGGAAUACAUCUUCAGGAAGAUUACUGCCAAUGCAUGAGCCUCGACGCGGUCGACCAACACCUGCGCCGCGAUCGGAGAGACCGAAUCUUCGAUCUACUAUGCGCACAAGAUCCCCAUCUCCCCCGCCACCAUACAUUGCAGAGCCAGAGGUCGCUCAUGUGAAAGAUGGUCCUGAUCAGUCGGGACUACCAUCCUAUGAAGACCGACCACGGGGAAGCAAUGCACUAUACUAA